AUGGCUUACACUGUUCAAGACGCACGGCGUCUUGUAAAAAUUGUGGAAGCCUAUUGUUUUCAUGCUGUCUCUGUUUUUAGCUAUAGCUCUCUGUUUUGGGAUGCCAUCAAAAACCGCCUCCAUCUCCCUUCAUUCGUUGCAAAAUUGGCUAAGAAAUUUUUACUCCCAUCUGGUACAUACAUUCCGGAAGGACUUCCAACUAUCAAAAGUAGUUUCACACCUGAAUUCGCAGAAUAUCUGCGGUUACAACACAGUUGUAACAAAUUCAGCUCCGGGAACUUAUAUGAUGCUUGCAAAGUUCUCAAGGGUCCUUAUCUCGAGACACUUGCAAGAUUCAAUAAGUUACUCAGAAUUCACAAGCAAUGGGCUGUUGGCCCAUUCAAUCCACUGACUAUAUCAGGGAUAACUCAUCACGAAUGUUUAGAGUGGCUAGACAAACAAUCCCCAAAUUCAGCGAUUCUUGUUUCUUUCGGAACAACAACCUGCUUAUCUACUGAACAAAUUAAAGAGAUCGCGAUCGGGUUGGAGAAAAGUCAGCACAAGUUCAUUUGGGUAGUGAGAGAUGCUACAAAAGGAGAAGGGGAAGUCCAAAUCCCAAAAGGGUAUGAAAACAGAGUAAAAGAAAAGGGAAUUAUCGUUAAAGAUUAG